AUGAGUUUCUACAAAAGAUUUGAUGAAAUUUCCGCAAAAUUAACAAAACUCUUCCGCACUAAAAAUUCACUCAAAGAAACAGCAGCCGAAUUUGACGAACUUUCAAGGACGCAAGAUGAAGAAAAUCCAUUCGAAUGCGGACUUGUUGCCCUUGCCAAGUUUGGAGAAAUGCAAUGCUGGCAAAAAAUUGAAGACAAGCAGAAGACAGUUAGAACGGCUGUCAAAGCAGCUCGUUUAUUCAUCAAAUCUGCUAAUUUCAAUUUCAGCAUUUCAAGAAAUCUUCGUGAUACAUGGUCUGAUCCUCUUGCUGAUGGUCUUCAUUGCUACCGUGUAGCAGCUGAUGUUCUUAAAGGCGAUUCAAAGCCAAAUCUUGCUGUCGUUCUUCUCCUUGAAUUAGGAAAGACAGAAGCCCAAUUUGACCUUCUCCACUAUGCUGGAAACACAUACGAAGAAGCAGCUAACUUAUGCCUCGAUCAACACCUUUCUCCGCCAUUAUUAUUUGAUUCAGUUUUCAACUGCGUUGAUUGCUACAGCCGUGCUGACCGUCUCGAUCUUGCUCUCCUCGUUGUUGAUAACGUCCAAAACAAGCUCGGAGAAAGCGCAAAUGACCAAAUCAGCUCCAGCCAAUUAAUGAAGGCUCAGCUUACAAAUAUCAAGAUACUCAAGGCCCAAUUACUUCUUUCAGCCUUCAAAUACGCUGAUUGCAUUGCUUAUGCAGAGAAAAAUCUUGAAGAAGGCGUUGCUCAAUUAUUCAAGCAAUUAUGUGACGCUACAAAGUCGAACCAGAUUGCUGUUAUCGAUUCUAUCGUCAACCAGGCAAGAAGUUCUAACUAUUUCACCGAUUUGCAGAUUUCUCUUUUCGAGAGGCACCACUUCUUACUCUCUAAGAGUAUCGAGGCUGCUUAUGCAGAACUUGCUCAGUAA